CUACAUUUUCCCACACUUACAUGCCCAUACAUCUGGUCUAACGGAAUUCCAUACACUUAAUCAUGGCCGAGAAAGCUUCUCAUACGCUCCUCGGAUCUGCGGCUCAAGCUAGAAGGACAAAUAAACCACUAAUGGAAAAGAGGCGACGCCAACGAAUCAAUGAAUGUCUCUCAGAGCUGAAGUCCCUGGUACUACAAGCGCUGCAAAGAGAUACAUCACGGUAUUCAAAGUUAGAAAAGGCGGACAUUUUGGAGAUGACAGUGAAACACUUAAGAACAGUGCAGCGCCAGCAAAUGACAGCUGCAGUAGCCAACGAUCCUAGUGUGCUGAGCAAGUACCGCGCUGGCUUUAACGAGUGCGCUGGGGAAGUCUCACGCUAUCUUCGCUCUAUCGACGGUCUCGAGGAAGACGUCCGGCUAAGACUCCUUAACCACCUGGCCACGUGCACGCAGAGGGUCAAUCAGCAGAACGAGAACGUGCCACCCCCACCCAAAGCCUGCUCUCCUCCCAUGGGUACACCAACGCAGCAGCCCAUCUCCGUCCAGAUCCCCAAUGUCAACACCGUGAUCACCCCGCACAGUCUACCAUUCCAGAACUUCAACAACAUUCAGCAGCAGCAACAACAACAACAACAGAAGACAUUAUCGUCUCCACAGUCGACUUCAAACUUCGCUGGGACCAUCCAGAUCAUUCCAAGCACGCUACCAAAUGGACAAGUGGCUUACAUUCUCCAUAGUCCAAACUUCUCAACCCCUGCAACGAAUAACAAUAAUGACACUAUUUCUAAGGCACCAAUUACGCCUACAGUUGCAAAUGGACACUUAACAAACGCUAUUUCAGUUUCGUCUUCCAGUCUUCCAGUGCUGGUGCCUUCUCAGAAUUACCAGACGACAUGUCAAAACAACGCGGGAAUCUACAGUGUAAAUGUCGCAUGUCCCGCAGCACACAACCGCAGUCCCGCACCCGCCAGCGAGCCGCCAGUCGCUGUAUCUCAAACUCUAAGCCCUUACGUUAUGAAAGACCAAAAACCAUUUUCUCUGGGAGUCACAGAAAAGGAAAGAAAUAUGUGGCGGCCGUGGUAAAAACUGAGAAUUUCAUAACCCAAAGACAGAACAAAUAUGGGACCAAUGAUGCUUUUCUACAAAUUAUUUUUAUACUCCAGAAUGCCAAAUAAAAAUAUUCAAAUAUCAUAA